AUGCAACCCUCGAAUUCGAAUAUUGCAGAUUUCUUGUCUUCUGCGUCAGAUGCGGGUGUGGCGAAGGCUGUCGUGUUUCUUGAGAGUGCGGAUACCGUCAAUGAAGCCAUCGAUCGGUAUUAUGAGAAUCCACACAGAUAUUCCCACAGACUGCGCGCAUCCACGCGCAACUCUAUGAGCAGCUCCAUGAGCCCUCGGGCUCAAUGCGUGAAUGAUAACCAUUUUGCCACGUCGCCCGCCACAUCGCCCACCACGUCGCCCACCCAAACCCCUUCAUAUUCGCUGGCCACACGAAGUCCACCCGCAUCGACCAUGAGUACAACAAGUCCGAAACUGUCCAGGGUGACAAUGAGCAGCGGAACCUCUCAUCAUCCUCAUAUGAAUGCCUUGAUCGAGGCCGCCAAAGUCCGCGCCCAAGAUGAGUCUGAGAUGCAGAAGAUGCUUCACGGCGCUCAGCUGUCAAGUCGGGUUUUUAACCCCGAGGUUGAGCCCGAACACGAUACAAGCGUGCUCUGCGAAUGCCCGGUCCACAAGUAUUGGAAACGAAAGAUUGACCGCCUCGACGUGCACGAAACCUGGUCAAAAGCUGUGAUGUAUCCCGGCGAGAAGUCAUACCAUGACUUCGCCCACUUGCGCUUUUUCAACAACAACCCAUACUCCGAAAUAGUGUCAUCGUAUGCGCCCAAUGGGAUCGCGCUUUACGGAAUUCCCAGGCCCGACCCCCAAUUCCACGCCCGGUUUAUCGAACAGACUAUCGCGUUAGAUUCGAGUCUCAAUGCGAAGGCACAAGCGGCUGUUCAAGCAUUGGAGCCGUCCUUCAACAUCUGGGAGCUUGAACGGCUAGAGUCUCUAGUGUCGGAUAUUUCCCACACUCGUCACUUCUCCAUUGAUGGCGAUGAGAAUAGUGAUAAGAUGUCCAAGCGCACAAGCAUCCGAAAGGUACUGUCUGUGAAGACGCCAGACGAACGAAGUGCAGAUAGGAUGAAGAAGAAAUUGGCUCGUUCGUCCGAGUUACGCAACGAUAUUCUAAAAGAAGAGAACGGACGAUGGCAAUAUGACACCGACAGACAGAUUGUCGUGGCUUACCAGGAAAUCGUCGGUAUGGCUCAAAUGGUCGCCGAGAUUCGAACGCACAAACCACUCCAAUACCUCCAUCUCCUCCGAGCGGGAUAUUUUGAGCCGAUUCCCGUAUUUUGGCAGGGUCAGGCGUCCAGUCCUCUCAGGUUCACUAUUGACUCCGCUGCGGGGUGGAGAGGCAUCACACCUGCGUGGAGAGGCUACAAAAACACUGCCGAAGAACGACUCUACUGGGUCCUGAAUCACAGAGACAGAGGUGGAGACGUGAUAAAGCCCGAUCUGGUUCGGGAAUUUGACAUGGCAACCGCGCGAAUGGCUUCAUCGGUGGAACCCCACCCGAGAUAUUACUCCCCUGACGACAUAUGCCACGAACAUAACUCUAGGCCCUACACGAACCAAGUCAAGAUACCUUUCAGACUAGGGUAUACUCCUAAAGCGCCGAUGGACGAGACCAUGAUUCUGUUGGAUGGUUCCGGCUCUAUGGACUCUUACCCUGUGCGACCAAAUUAUGAUAAAUAUCUCGUCAUGGGCUAUUCGAAGUCUAAUCAGCCUAAGAACAAAGACCUUGCGAAGACCAUCGUUCGUCGCUUUAUCGAAGCCCUAGGGAAGUAUGACAACGACCAACGUGGCUACCAACUCGCAACGUUCUCCAAUGAAGCCGAUUUCAUCGACGUGAUUCAUAGCUGGACCUUGAAUGAAAUCUGGAGAGAGAUCAAAUUCAGAGGACGGGCCCGAAUCAUGGCAGGGUGGCAGAAAAUUAAGGAGCUGCAUUUUCAAAAACAUUCCGCAACAGCAACAUACCACCCAGUCUACGGGUGGCAAGCUGGUCCAGAAACGCCCAACCUCCGACUACUUCUGAUCUUAGACAGCGAAACCGGCGAUAUGGAUGAAUUCGAGCUGGAAAUUCUCGGUGUUUCCUGGGCUUAUGUUACUAUUUUGUUGAUUGGGGUUGACGAAUGUCUCCAUCACCACCGACACGCUAACAGACUGCAACGGAUGAGCGAUCAAAAUCACCGUAUAUCAUUCGUCGAUGCCCAAGGAAAUAUCCCCGAACGAUUGGUCACGCACGAACUGCUCAAGCGGCAUCUCGGCUACGACCUUACAUUUUCCGAAUUCAAGGACUUGGAACAAACACAACAACCACCAGCAGAACUGCCAUCCCCGAUGCGACCCCAACACCAGAGAAGCCGGUCGAGCCAAAACUUGUUGGAGCAACCGCCAGUCGAACUUCCUUCGCCUGAAGAAACAUUGCUCUGGCAAAGAGAGCAGCUGUCUGGACAGAGACAAGGGUUAUUUGAGCUACCGGCCCAACAGGCUCCCAUGGAACUACCCGCGACUGAGGUCUCAACAGGGCGUCCGGCGACAAGGCUUUCUAGACAAACGUCUCCCGUGUCACCGCCGCUACAGCUUGGGCCGUUGGAUUCGCCGCCCCCUUAUUUGAGGACUGUAUGA